AUGGAUCCGUGCGGCUCCCGGAGGACGAGACUGAGCCCCGACCGCAGGAGGGCUCUUACUGAGAUGUAUUCGAUGACCAACGGAGAGCAGGAGCAGGAUCCAGAGGGGGACGCGAGUGGAGGCGAUAGCGGCGAGUGGCAUUCUGACGGAGACGAGGACGAGGAGAGCGACGACCCGAGUGAUGAAGAAGAGGUCGACUCUCCUCGCCGUAGGGAAAGGCGAUCUAAGCACACUCAUGACCCGGCAAGCAUCCGCGGCAAAGCGACCACGCAAACCGAGCAGUCGUCAAAGCGCCCUCGGACGUCUUCUCCAGCACCGACUGAGAAGGCACCGAAGCAACCGAAAGCUGCGCCAUCAAAACCGCAGAAUGCCUUGUCCAAGAUCAAAGUGACCAUUCCUACUAUUUCCGGUGCUGCUACCUCCGAGACUUCCGCUUACAAGAAUGAAGACGAAGAAAUGGAAGAUGCAGUCACCUCCAAUCCAGCUCCUCCCCAUGUCAUUGAUCUUCCAGAUGAUGACGAAGACAUGCCACUGAGGUCCCAGGGGAGAAGAAACAGGAAGGCGUUAGCUGGAAAGACACCUCAGUCUGCAUCGGCGACCGAAACAGUGAUCCAGGAAGGUGGCAAUGCCAAUCGGACUUCUGUAACUUUUGCCAUACCACUAACGAGUGCUCAGUCUUCAGCGUCGACUGCUCAGACUCCAGCCGAUCCAUCUUCGCUCUUUACCGCACAUCACGUCCCAGAGGACCAAGUGGGUGCUGCCGAGGAAGCCAUACGCCAGGCGGGCAUCAUGAUGGAGCAGAUGAAGAUGGUCUUGGAAGCCAGCCAAGCGGCCUACGACGCCAGCUCAGCCCUUCAGAGCAACGUCCAGGUUGGUUGA